GUGCCGCCCGCGGGGGCGCGGUGACAGGCGGCGGCGACGGGAGCGGCGGGGAGCGGCCCCUCCGGCACGCCAUGAGCACCGGCACAGUAUCACAAUCACAGGCUGUACACAGCCAACUGGAGAAGCCAUCAAGCACUGCAAUUCUCUGCCAUAACUGUGGGAACCCAUGCAAAGGAGAAGUUUUGAGAGUUCAGAACAAGUAUUUCCAUAUUAAGUGCUUUGUUUGCAAAGCUUGUGGAUGUGACCUGGCUCAAGGAGGAUUUUUUGUGAGACAGGGAGACUACAUUUGUACUUUGGACUACCAGAGACUCUAUGGCACACGAUGCUUCAGCUGUGAUCAGUUCAUUGAGGGAGAAGUGGUCUCAGCGCUGGGCAAAACCUACCACCCAGACUGUUUUGUGUGUGCUGUCUGCAGGCUGCCUUUCCCUGCUGGGGACCGGGUGACGUUCAACGGGAAGGAGUGCAUCUGCCAGAAGUGCUCCCUGCCCCCUGCCAGCAGCACUGCCUCUUUCCCUCUACAGAACCUGCGAAAUUGUGGGGGCUGUGGUUCUGAAAUCAAAAAUGGGCAGUCCUUGGUUGCCUUGGACAAACACUGGCAUUUGGGCUGCUUUAAGUGCAAUAUAUGCGGCAAGCUACUGAAUGCAGAGUACAUCAGCAAGGAUGGCAUUCCAUACUGCGAGACCGACUAUCACGCCAAGUUUGGCAUCAGAUGUGACAACUGUGAGAAGUACAUCACAGGAAGAGUGCUCGAGGCAGGAGAAAAACAUUAUCACCCAACCUGUGCACGAUGUGUCAGGUGCAGUCAGAUGUUUGCAGAAGGAGAAGAAAUGUAUCUUCAAGGUACUUCCAUUUGGCAUCCAGUUUGUAGGCAGGCUGCAAAGGCUGAAGAGAAGAACAAGGAAACAAGGACUUCCUCUGAGAGUAUCAUUUCUGUACCUGCUUCAAGUACAUCAGGCUCCCCAAGCCGUGUGAUCUAUGCAAAGCUUGGAGAUGAAAUUCUUGACUACAGGGAUUUGGCUGCUCUUCCUAAAAAUAAAGCCAUCUAUAACAUUGACCGCCCAGACAUGAUCUCCUAUUCUCCAUAUAUCAGUUACUCUUCAGAUGACAGGCAUAGUUACGGGGAGUCACCUCAGUUGCUCUCUCCAGCACCUACUGAGGGUGACCAAGAUGACAGAUCUUUCAAGCAGUACAGGACAUCAAGCCCUAGCUCUGCUGGCUCUCUGGGCUACGGUCGCUACACUCCAACCUCCCAUUCUCCUCAGCAUUACAGCAGACCAGCUGGUACUCUGAGUCUUGGUACCAGUAGCUGCAUCUCCCUGCCCCAACACCCAAGCCCUACAUCUGCAUUCAGACAUCAUUACAUCCCUUUCUUCAAAGGCAGUGAAAGUGGCCGGAGCACUCCAAGCUUAUCCAUGUACUCAGACAGCAAAUCUUCACCUUCUGUCUAUCAGCAGGCUCCUAGGCAUUUCCAUAUUCCAGACACUGGUGUAAAAGAUAACAUCUAUAGGAAACCUCCUAUCUACAAACAGCAUGCAGCAAGAAGAUCAGAAGGGGAGGAUGUCGGCUUGGAUCAGGACAGCAGGAAGCUAAAGACCAGCUGGCUUAUUCUGAAAGGGGAUGUGGACACCAGGACUAACUCCCCGGACCUGGACACACGAUCCCUGUCUCUCACUGCUGGAAGUGACCGAGAGAGCUUCCCGCGGGCCCAGGAGGGCACAACCGCCGGCUACUCCCGAUUUCCAUAUUCCAAAUCUGCUUCUCUACCUGGCUGUGGAAGGAAUGGCUUACAUCAGCCUGAAAACAUAGGCCAGGAUGAAACGGACCAGGAGGCCAGCUGGGGGAUGAAAGAAUACAAGGUAAGAAGGGCUUUUCCUCCACUGGAAGAACACUCAGAUUCAGCACUCCCUAGCAAGAUUUAUCCCUACGAGACCCUGAUUGUAACAAACCGAGUCCGCGUGAAGCUGCCGAAGGAUGUGGACAGGACCAGGCUGGAGAGGCAUUUGUCCCCCGAAGAGUUCCAAGAAGUCUUCAAAAUGAGCAUCGAGGAAUUUGACCGUCUGGCACUUUGGAAGCGGAACGACCUGAAGAAAAAGGCCCUGCUUUUCUAGCCCCUCCCAGAUAAAAUAUGUGCUUAAUCAAACCAGAAAUAGUCUUGCCAGAACUAUCACAUGCACUUGCUGUUGAACCAUUGUCCAGCUUCAUUGUGUCAGUUUGUGUUGGGGGGGGAAACAGGACGGAUGAGGUGGCGGCGCGUUGGGCUGCGGAGGGUUUCGCUAACCUCGCGCGACCCGUUGGUUUUGUCAGCGACUCCUGGUCCCACCUGGUUUACAACCUGCAAAAAAAAAACUCUUAAGUAGCUUUAAGUUUGUUGUGGCUUGCAGUUAUUGCCAGAUGCAAUCAGAAAUUCUGACAGGAAGAGGAAAAGAACGAAGAGGAAAGCAUAGCUGUGACAAAAGAGACGGAUCCACCGUUUUGUUCCCGUUUUUACACCAUCAUUUUUUUCCCACAAAACAUUCCCAGCAGGCUGCCACCUGCUGUUAAAAUAUAGGGAAAAGCCAAAGAGAAGCAUGGCCACAAGCAAGUUAUUCCUGCAGUUGUUUGGGGUUUUUUUUUUUUUGGUGGGAUACUUUUUUAAUACUGAAAGCAAAAAUAUGGAAGCACCUUAAUUCUAUUUCUUAUCUUUAGAUGCAGCCUGCUCUCUGAAAGGUCCUAUUUGUCUAGAAGGUAACGAGCUAUCUUUAAGUACAGCACGAGAGGUUUUAUUUUGUUAUGGAUAUAUUGUGACAUGGAACGAGUAUAAGGAGUAAAAUGUAUACAGACCUACUUAAAAAGGUAGUCCCAUUCAUCAGGAAAACUGAAGCCUUACAUAGAACUGGUUUGAGAGUGUGUUGUGCCAGCUGACUGUGUUUUCCUGCUGGUCUGGGGUGUUUGGAGAGGAGGCUCAGGGGUGACCUCAUUGCUGUCUACAAUUACCUGAAGGGAGGUUGUAGCCAAGUGGGGUUGGGCUCUUCUCCCAGACAACCAGCAACAGAACGAGGGGGGACAGUCUCAAGUUGUGCUGGGGAAAGUCUAGGCUGGAUGUUAGGAGGAAGUUGUUGGCAGAGAGAGUGAUUUGCCAUUGGAAUGGGCUGCCCAGGGAGGUGGUGGAGUCACCAUCCCUGGAGGUGCUCAAAAGAAGACUGGAUGAGGCACUUGGUGCCAUGGUCUAGUUGAGUGGAUAGGGCUGGGGGAUAGGUUGGACUCGAUGAUCUUGGAGGUCUCUUCCAACCUGGUUGAUUCUAUGAUUCUAUAUAUAUAUAUAUAUAUAUAUUUCCUGCUGAUCAAUAUACCAUGCAACCUUGGUUAGAUGUAGGUAGAGCUAUCUAUCUAUCUGUAAAAGAACUCUUUUCAUCAGUGUAUGUCCUAAGGAAGGACAUUCUUCCUCCACUUCCUGGCUGUGCACAAUUUGCCACGAGAUCUGCGACGGCAAUCGGUAGGUGUGAGAAUGGAACAGUUCAGGAUAAAAUGUAACCAACCAAACCAGGCUUGGUGUGCUGCUAUCAGUAAUACAUCCCAUUACAAUCUACUAGGUGAAAGCCUCAUGCGUUACUACUUGCAUGUCUCUGUACAAAUCAGUUUUAAAACACCACUCCUAAGUGCUACUGGUGCAGUACCUUGAGGCUGUCUUAAAUAACAGGUAAAGCUAACAAGAUCUAAGCGUUUGAUAUGAGCAUUAGACCUCAAUAUCUCUUCCAACCUAAACCAUUCUAUGAUUCCAGCUGAAUGACUCUGCAAUGAUUUCAUCCGGUGAGAGGUGUGGUUGCUGACAAAGAAUGCUUUAAAGUGAGUUGCAAGCGUUGUGAGAUACUGAGAGGGGGUAAGGGAAAAAAGUCCAUUUUUUUUUCAGCCAUGUGUCAGUAUUCUGCAUUUUUACUGCCUUGAAUGUUUGUACUCACUUCCUCCUUCACUCUGUCUUUCUGCAUUUCCUUAAGGUUACUAUAUGCACUACAACACUUCAACUGACCCAGCAUUGGAAAAAAACAUAGCAUUCAACUUGCCUUCUUCCAACUAACUUUCAAAGUCUGUGCUGUUGGAAAUAAAUAUUUUCUCAUGACCUAAAUGUUUUGUCUGAUGAUAGAAACGUUUAAAAAAGGGGGGAAAAAAUCAUUAAAACAAAGAUAUAACUCGA